AUGAUGAGCCACAUGCUGCUUCACCACCCAUGUCGUAGCCUGUCAUUUCCAUGUAUGGGACUGCACCAGCACAUCGUCGACCCGACCGUGCAGCACACACGCACGCACAGUCAGCGUACUCCAGCGUUGAACGCAGACGACAAAAAGUCCUCCAGCAUCAGAUCCAACGGGCUUCCCCGACACCUGGAUGGAUUUGACGGAGGACAUUUCCCGCCCUCCCGCGGCACUUCGGCGUGUCUAGCAGGUGUGGAACAUCAUGUCCUACCCGCAUUUGUCUCUCGGCCGGAGACGACACGCCGGAGGAGCCAUGUGGAGCGCGCCCACGUCCGUCACGCCUGGCAAAAAUCAUCAACAACUCCAGUGAGGAAGAGGAGGAGCAGGAGGAGGACGAGGAGAUAGGGGGAGGGGUGGGGGGGGGGGAACCGAGGCACUUUGUCAAAGAUAAGAUCUGUCGAGGAGGGAACCAAGAAGAGAGGAGAUGGUCGAAGAAUGGCCGCACCUGAUCUCCUUGACCCCAAGUCUGCCGCCCACAAUUCCAAGCCCCGCCUGUCGUUCUCGGCCAAGCCGGUGGUGCUGCCGUGCGACGAGGAGGACGAGUGCGGCGGCGCCCGCGCCACCGUCAUGCGUUGGAAGACCGUGUCCGCCAUCUUCUUCCUGGUGGUGCUCUACCUGGUGAUCGGCGCCACCGUGUUCCGCAAAUUGGAGCAGCCGCACGAGAGCUCCCAGAAGAUGGCCAUCUUGGCCGAGAAGCUCGAGUUCUUGGCCGUGCAUGGCUGCGUCAACUCCUCUGAGCUGGAGGAUCUGGUCAAGCAAGUGGUUUCCGCCGUCCGAGCAGGUGUGAAUCCCUCGGGAAACUCCUCCAACCAGACGAGCCUUUGGGACCUCAGCUCCUCGUUCUUCUUUGCCGGCACUGUCAUCACCACUAUCGGGUUCGGCAACACCUCCCCUCACACGGAAGGCGGGCGGAUAUUCUGCAUUAUCUACGCUCUGAUGGGGAUCCCCCUCUUUGGUUUCCUGUUGGCGGGCGUGGGCGACCAGCUGGGCACCAUUUUUGGCAAGGGGAUCGCCAGAGUGGAAAAGAUGAUAGUGAAGUGGAAAGUCAGUCAGACCAAGAUCCGCAUCAUCUCCACCUUGCUGUUCAUCCUGUUCGGCUGCCUCAUCUUCGUAGCGCUGCCGGCCGUCAUCUUCAAGCACAUCGAGGGCUGGAGCACGCUGGAGUCCAUCUACUUCGUGGUCAUCACGCUCACUACCAUCGGAUUUGGAGAUUUCGUCGCCGGGGAAAAAGGAGGAUCCGAGAGCCCGGAGUACCUCAAGUACUACAAGCCGGUGGUGUGGUUCUGGAUCCUGGUGGGUCUGGCCUACUUUGCCGCCGUGCUCAGCAUGAUCGGGGACUGGUUCCGUGUCAUCUCCAAGAAAACCAAGGAAGAGGUGGGCGAGUUCCGGGCUCACGCCGCCGAGUGGACGGCCAACGUGUCGGCCGAGUUCAAAGAAACCCGACGGCGGCUGAGCGUGGACAUUUAUGACCGCUUUCAGCGCGCCGCGUCCAUCAAGCGCAAACUGUCCUCGGAGCUGGGCAUCAAUGCCUCCAUGAACCAGGAAAUGACGCCGGGCAAACGAACGCUGUCGGCCAACCUCGGCGAGGACCGCGAGGCGUACGCCAACUUGGCUCUCUCCCUCUCGCCGGGGUCCCUGACCAGAAAUGGCAGCCUCUUCCUUAACGGCCUCAGCCCAGACUUUGCCCACCGGCUGGAGGUUGCUGUUGUUGAAAAUCCCAAAUGAGGCCGAAAAAACACAUUUCUGCACUAGUUCAUAUCAAGAAGGUAGUGUGAUGUUUACAAGCUUCCUUCAUCAUUUCUGUGCCAAUACGGUCAGCUUAGACAUUUUCUCAUAAGAGGUAAGUAGGAAAUUGUACAAAAAGUAAAAAGGUGGUGCAUCCUACAUGGCCACAAACAUGGCCAGCAUGAGGGAAAUCACUCCACAAAUAUUGGAUUUGGAUUGGAUUGGAUAAACUUUAUUGUUAAAUGGACAUGUAUGUGCACCAUAUGGGCGCCAUGCAUUAAAUUAUUCCCCCCAAAAUGGCCGACAUGAUUCCAGACACUCCACAAACAUGACAGUUUGCCGAUAAACACACAUUUAAUUUAUGGUCGACACGCUACAAUGCAGUCCGCAAACAUGGCCGCCACGCCUGAUCCACACAUUCCACAAAGAUUGCCGCCGCAUCUGAUACAGUGAAACUCUUCUACAACGAAAUCAUGUUUGCAGCAAAAAAAUUUCACAACAGGGGGGUUUUCACUGUAGCAAAUUUGAUAUCAGAUGUAAACACACACACACACG